UUGCGCGAAAAUAGCGCGAAGUGAAAAUGUACAUAAUACGCGCUUUCUGGAGUUGAAGUUUAAAAUUAGUGUUUAUGGAUUCAGCGCAUGUGCAGUGAUGCAGUUUGUGAAGUAUUUUAGGAUUUAAUUUGUUAAUAGAGUAGAGUUGGAAAUAGAGAAUAAUAAUUAUUAAAAACCUGAUUGAUAUUUUUGUUUCAUUUAAAACAUACUUUAUGAAAAGUGAAAAUAUGUAAGAGAAUUUUUAAAAUAAAAGGUGUAAGUGAAUAUCCACGUCUAAAUCCUUAAGUGUCAGGUGAAAGUGACUUAAAAGAACAUUUCUCUUGCCGUAAAACCGAAAAUAUGUAAGUGAAUUUUCACUUUAAGCCUUAAGUGAAGUUCAAAGUGACUGAAAAGAAUAUUUUUCUGGCUUUAAAAGUGAAAAAUGUGUGAUUUUCCACUUAUAAAACCUUAAGCGAAGUUCAAAGUGACUUAAAAGAAUAUUGUUCUGGCUUUAAAAGUGAAAAAUGUGUGAAUUUCCACUUAUAAAGUCUUAAGUGAAUUUAAAAGUGACCAAAAAGGAACAUUUUUCUGACUAAGAGCAUCUAAAAGUGAAACAGAGUUUCCAAAAUGACGAAAUGACGUCCUGGAGCGCUGAGUUGGACGAGGCGGCGCAGUUGGCGACGAAAGCCGGCUGCUGGCAUACUCUGCUGUUUUACUUACUCUGUGCCUUGGCCGCUAUUCCUACGUCCUUCCUGAUAUUUUCACAGGUCUUCACAAACGCUACCCCUGAACACUGGUGUGCACCAUCUCCAGAACUCGAGAGCCUGGCUCUGCCCGAUCAGCUGAUCAGAUCCCUGACGGUUCCAGAACAGAAUGGAGUGUUUGACAGCUGCCGCGCGUACUCUGUGGAUCCGCAGACGCUGUUCGUGGUGCUGAAUGAUUAUGUUGAUGAAAGAACAGAAAUCAUCCGGGAAGGAGGAGUGAUGCGCAAGGUGACUACAAGACGGCUGGUGCCCGCUGAAGGAGAAACAGAGAGAAAAGAACAGAUAGCGAAAGUGACAGACGCCAUCUUGAAGCUGAGAAAGGAGCCCACACCGUGCAGCAAUGGAUGGAAGUUCAGCAACAGCCAGUAUGAAAGGACCUUAGUCACUGAAUUCGCGUUGGUGUGUGACAAUGACUGGCUGCCACGAACCAGCAACACGCUCUUCUGGGUCGGUUCCAUCUUCGGAAACCUGUUCUUCGGGUGGAUGUCUGACAGAUACGGCCGCCGACCAACAAUCCUGCUGAUGAUCUUUCUGGAAGUCCCUCUAGCUAUAUGCACUUCGUUCAUCACAUCGUAUUGGGGCUACACAGCUCUCCGGGUGGCUGGAGGGUUGUUCUUCCCAGCUUUAUACCAACAGCCUUUCAUCCUGGCGUUAGAACUCAUGCCUCCUGAGAAACGGACCUCUGCAGGUAUUGUGGUAGGCAUGAUGUUUGCCGCAGGGAUGUGCCUACUAGCACUGCUAGCGUAUGCUGUUCGGGACUGGUUCUAUCUCUCUCUCAUCACCAGUCUGCCUUUCGUUGUAUUGUACUGGUUUUUCUGGAUAACUCCUGAGUCCCCACGGUGGUUGGUGGGCCGCGGACGCGUGGCUGAAGCAGAGAGGGUGCUCAUCAAUUUGGCUAAACGGAAUGGAAUAACGUUGCCCAGGGGAUUUCUGCUGGAGCUACAUAAAAGAAUAAAAGAACAAGAAGAUGUAGAAGCGACAAUACUAUCCAAUGCCAAUGGUCACAUAACGGGAUUCCCUUUACUCACAAACAAAGAAGAAUUCAAUAACAGACGGAUAAGCAACAUGCUCACUUUCAAACCCAGCCCAAAACCUGAAGAAACGCCGAAACCAGAAAGUAUUGAAAGAAUAAUCGCCUUAGAAGUAGCUGAGAUAGUAAACAGAAGAACGAGGCUAAAGAAUUCAGAAGCUCCUGAACUUACAGUAGAUACACCACCAGAUGAUGAAGUUGAAACUGUUAAUAAAGAAGAAACCACACCAAAAGCACAAAUUGAAACAAACACUUUUCCAUUAACUAUAAGAAAGAAAUCCGUUCAACUUGUAAAUAGAAUAUUCAAAGACAGUCCAGAUAGUGAAGAAAAUAAGAAAAUUGAUGAACAAAACUCGGAAGGAGAUUGUAAAGCAUCGCUUCUAGAUAUAUUUAGAUACCCAAACAUACGAAAAAAGUUUAUAUUUUUAACUUUUAAUUGGGUUUCAUUAGGUGUGGUGUAUAAUGGCUUGAGUUAUAACACGCCUAAUUUAGGAGUGAACGAUUAUUUAGCAUUUUUCAUUGGUGGCGCAGUAGAGGUGCCUUCAUACUUCAUAGCAUGGCGCUGUAUGGAGCGUUUCGGGCGCCGGUGGGUGCUUUGCGUUUUCAGCAGCAUUGGUGGACUAGCUUGCCUCUGCUGCUUGUUUGUUCCUGAAGAUUGGCCGUGGAUAACAGUGGCUUUAGCAAUGGUGGGCCGUCUGUGCAUCGGAGCCUCUUUUUCCGUAUUCUACGUGCAUAUCGGAGAGCUGCUGCCCACAGUGCUGCGCGCCCAGGCCAUGGGUGCUUCCAGCUUCAUAGCAGGCCUAGGGCUACUGGCGUGCCCAUACAUCGUUCACUUGGCUGUGUAUUUAAGAGCACUUCCGCUGAUCGUCCUUGGAAUACUAGCCGUACUAGCGGGUAUCAUGUCACUGUUCUUACCAGAGACCCUGAACCAACCCCUGCCACAAACUUUAGGAGACGGCGAACUCUUCGGUAGAAACUUCAAGAUUUUCAGCUGCGUUGAUGUGAAGAGCAAUGUCCGCGAACAGGAAGAUAUUUGCUAAUAGUGUGGUAGCAUGAGACUAUCUUCAUAAGUAGUUGGCUUUGCAAUUAAUGCACGGAGGAGAAGUUUCCAAAAUUGCGAAUGUUCUGUAAAGUUUCGGUAUUGUUCUUCACAUUUAUGGUCAAGCUGUAGGGUCGGUUUUUUUAUACCACGUCGGUGGCAAACAGGUAUACGGCCCGACUGAUGGAAAGCGGUCACCGUAACCUAUGGACGCCUGCAACUCAAGGGGUGUCACAUGCGCGUUGCCGACCCAUUAGAAAC